UAAUUGCAUCUAGUUUAAUUCGGUUUAUGACACCGGAGCAUGAAUUGGCCUCCAGUUACCGACAGAAGACGCUUCGAUUCGCUUGUCAUUGGAAAGUUGCCGCUGCGUGGCACACAUUUCACGCAUUAGACGACCCCAGUUUGGAAGUUGCAACUCGCUUGUUGCCUCUAGCAGAAGGCAGUACCGAGUGGAAGAACCACAGCUCAGAGGCCCCCAAUCCCGCUAAAAAGAGAAGAGGAACAACAGGAACAGCAGGAGGAGGAAGUGGGGCAAAGAUGACGCUUCGCUUAGUCAGCAUUUUCUUACUGGCAAUACUUUUCGUAUUGCCCGCACAGUUGGCUGCAUUUAUCACGCAGAAUACAGGAUGUCAUCAUAAUGGCACUUGGUACGCGGACAAGUCGGUGGUGCCCAGCAUGGAAAAGUGCCUCAACUGUCAGUGCAAUCGCAAGACGCUCGUCUGUCGCCUGAAAGUCUGUCCGGAGAUGCCAAUGCCACCUCCCCGGGGCUGCGUGGUUGUCCAAAAGAAAAACACCUGUUGUCCCUAUUUAUCGUGUGCUCGUUUGGAUGCCUUCUAUAAGAUACCCACCAAGCGACGCAUCAUCGCCUACCUGGAUCACUAUGAACGCGAGUCCAUCGAUCGCGUGGUCAAUGAUAAUAUGCUACAAAGACGCUCCGAUGACUCGGAUGUUGAUCUAUUUGUUUGUGUGAAGAAUGGAACAGUGUACAAGUCGGGAUCGGCCAUGUCCUCGUCGAAUCUGUGCAGCUAUUGCUACUGCAUAGGUGGAACCGAGAAGUGCGUGAAGCCCAAGUGCAUGUUGCCCGUGGAGGGUUGCAAGCCCAUCUUUGUGGACUCCACCUGUUGUCCGGUGCGCUACGAUUGCAGCAGCAAGACAUCGGGAAAAUCCUCUCAAGAAGUGCGAUAUCGAAAAACAUCGAAUAAGCAUUUCCAGCGAAUGUCGCAGCGUCUGCAGAGGAAUCGGGGUUGCACUGUGGGAUCACAGUUCUAUGCAGAAGGUCAGAAGAUGCGUUCGGAUGCGGACAAGCCGUGUGACAUUUGUUUCUGCAUACGUGGAACGCGACGUUGUGCACCCAAGAAAUGUUCCCCAGCGCUGAAGAACUGCAUUCCCGUGGUGCCCAAGGGACAGUGUUGUCCCUCCAGCUACGAUUGCGGCAGUCAGAGGGAUUAUCGACGUUCCCAGAGCUCCAGGCAAUUUAAUCUUUAUAGUUUGCUGUUUGGAAAGGAGGAGCAGGAAGCAGAGGCGACAGCCGCAGCUGCGACGAUGCCACAGAAUGCCAUGGCGGAGCAUUAUCCCUUAGAUCGUCAUCCCACAGAGCCUCCAGUAGGAGAUGCCCUCCAAGCGAGCAGCGAGAAGAGUAUACUCGAUACCUUGAGAGAGGGACUCGAGUUCAUCGAUAGCAACAACAAUCAAGUGCUGGCCAGCAACAUGGAUCUGGUGAAAGCAGCGACGCCUACGCCCACUACAGAAGUGGGCGUGGCCACUGAACUCAGCAGCACCACUGAACUGAGUUUCCUAGACUUACUCUUAGGUCCCAGCACGGAGAACGAAAUCAAAGUCAUGCCAGACACGACAACUGUGAAGAAACCCUUGUCCUGGGUGGAUUUGCUGCUUGGUCCUGACGAGGAGGAGCCUAUGCAGGCAUCCUCAAUGGUAACUGAGUCAUUUGUGGAUGCCAGCACGGCCUUAACUCAACCGGAAGCGGAACCACCCAUGACCACCACCACUUUGAGCAGCAUUAAACGCCUUGCAGAUGAUUUCGAUGAUCAAUUGAACAGCGAUGAGAUUGCAGUGGGUGAAUUGCCGGCGGAAGCACAACAAAUUGUCCUCAGCAACUCGGAAAAUUGGGCAGGAUCAAAGCAACUGAACAAUAAACCACUGCAUAACCGCAUCAACUCGAAGCUGGCGAAUUUGACGGUCACUCCGCCUAUGGUUGUGGUCACCAGUAAAUAUGGACAGCCCGUGACCUAUAGAACGCCCAAGCCAACCACAACAACUAUGGUUAAACCCACAACUACGACAAUCAAACCGAAACCCAAACCGAAGACCACUCGACGCACCACAACACCAACACCACAACCAACAACAACGAUAACUACAACGACAACUACAUCGACCACCACCGCGAAACCCACCACAACUACUAUCAGAACCACCGUUAGGCCCAGCUUCAAACCUAAACAGCCUCCACACAUCGUUAGCUCCGUAAAACCGUUGAUAAUCAAAACGAAUCCAAGCAUUUUGGAAGCGGAGCCUUUGGAUGACAAUGACAGCACCGCCCCCACUUUACCACCCAGUUUGCCCAAUCUGAAGAUAAUACCCUUUCUUCCCACGGAUGCUGUGAAUACUGCACCCAAAUUGCCAUCCCAAAGCAGCUACAGCAAUCCCAAUAAUUAUUAUCAACAACCGAUAGCUUCCGAUAAAAUGGAUAUCGAUUACGAUGCUUCAUACGAUGAAACCGCUGCACAUUAUCCAUCGAUAGCCUCAGCCUUUCCACAGCAACAACCACAGCAACACCACCCCAAUGACAACAACAACAAAAACAACAACGAUCAGGCUGCCUAUAAAUACAAAUUCAAUAUUGAGGUGCCGGCAGUUGAACCACCUCCGGAGCCCGUCGUGCAUCUGGGUGGACAAUAUGAGGGAAGUGCGGACUAUGUAAAGUAUGACUUCGAUCAACAGGUGGUGCCACCAGCACACAGUGGUUUCUCACCACCCACCGAAACUGAGGGCGGCUUUAUGCCCAAGGAGCCGCUUGUUAUUGAUGGGGAAGUGCUGCAGGAUCAUGUGACAACCAAUGUGAUCCUUGCAAUCGGCGAUAAUUAUCAUGUUACCCAACACGUUAUCGAUAUAACAACGGAGUCAAGGGACAAUGAUACCUCAGCAAUAGAAAUUACAACUCCCGAUCCCUUUAAAGAUGUCAUACACACCGAGAAGUCGCCAAAUCUGGACACACUCAUUGUUGAUAAACAGCACAAGAAGCCAACGCAACAGCUAGAGCAAGAUCAACAGUUGCAACAAGAACAACAGCAACACCUGCAACAUAUUGAGAGUGUCAGCUACAGCAUCAGAAACUCUUCCGGUGACAAAGCAACUGCAGCAGCAACAGCUACAAUAAUGACAACAGCUGAACCAAUAACAACAAAAACGCCAGCAAUAACAACAACAAAACAAACACCGUUAAUAGACAAACUCGAAAUCAAUAAACUGGAUCAGUUGCUGGACGAGUUGCUGGGCAGCGCAAUUCACAGUAGCAGCACAGUGCCGCCCUUUAGGACAUUGCCACCCGGCAAAGCAGCAACAAGUGCAAUUACAACAGCAGCAACAGCCACAACAACGACAACUGUGCGACCAACAAUGACAACACGUGCCAAUAAAAAAGGAAACAAAACAAAAAACAAACCGGCAGCCGGAAACAGACGCAAUAAUCCAACUGCAGCGACAUCCAAACCCAUAAGAUUCAAAGUUCAACAGGCCACGCGACGAACUCCCGCCAGCAGCGGCAACAACAGUCCGAACAACAGCCACAUCAAUUACAGGAACAACUCAGUUGCAACCGCAGCGUUGACAAGUGUUAAGGGCAAAGGAACAACAGCUACAACGAUACCAACAACAAUUGCUAAGCCAACAACUGUAGCAGCAACAACAGCAGCAACUACUACAUCUACAACGAAAGCAACGACAACAACAACUGCUUCCAUUACAAUGCGUCCAUUUUUAAUGUCACCGUUCGACAAGUUGCCGUUCAUGAACGCCAGCUAUGAGGUGAGACCGCAUAUGUUGCAACCACAGCAGCAACAGUUGCUAGAGCUGCAACAGCGACCGCAGCAAUUCCAUCACUAUCAGCACGCGCCCAGCAGCAGCACAACAACAACAACAAGAACGACAUCUGCUCCCAUUGCUGCAGCAGCUGAUGCAAGUUCAAUUGGUGGCGGAGGCGGCGGUGUUGGCGGCGUGGUUGGUGGUGAUAGUUUAAUGGACCACACGGGCAUUUUAAAAUUAGCCGGCUGCAACAUUUACGGCCGCAUGUAUCGCGUUGGUCGCAUUAUUAUAGAAUUAUCCAAUCAAUGCCUAGAAUGCAAAUGCACCGAGGUGGGCGUCAAGUGUGGCCCAUUAGACUGUUAAUUUAAGCCAACUUUUAGUCCCCUAUCACCCACACCCUGUUACCCAUACUCACCGUACUCGUUCCUGUGUGUAUGUGUGCGUGAAUGCUUUUGUGUCUGUGUUAACUGACUUCCCCCUUUUAAUUUUAACUCUUUGUUUAUGCAUUUAACAUUUAGUUAACAUUUAGCUUACACUCUUUAGAGCAUUUCUUUCCAUACGAGAAAUAAACCUAGCUGAUUAGUAUAUUAGGGGUAACUUUAGCUCUAUAUAUUAAUCAUAAGUUGUAUUAUAGAUAUUUAACAUUAAAUUAAAAUACAUUUACACUUAAAUAAAUGCAUUUAACUGAAUAUUUAAUUUUAACUUCAAA